ACACUAUAUAGAAUGUGCAGAUUGCGACGGAAAUGCUGAAUAUUUUUGCGAAUAUUGUUUGAAAAACCUUUGUCAAUCAUGUCGAGAUAUCCAUGCCGAGAGCAGUCCAACUAGAUCCCAUACCAUAGUCUUGUACAAAGAAAGACAUUCAGUCAUAACAGAAAACAAGAAAGAACACUGUACCAGACGAAACCUUACCAAAAGUUUCGAUUUCCAACCAGACGGUCUUAACAAAAUUUUGCAACAUAUUUCAUUUCAUUCUUUGAACGAGAUGUGGGUAUCAGAUGGAGAAAAUAUAAUCAGUUUGGAUAGACAUGGGAAUAAGAUAGAGAAAAUACAUCAAACAUUUUCAGACUGGGGUUGCCACACAGUGACAAAGAAAGGAAACCUGCUUUACGUCGACGCAUAUGAUAACAGCAUUAAAGAGUAUAGUCCAUCUAACGGAUCUACAACUGUCAUUGACUCUUUGUUCAGUACGUCGGACAGUUCUCCAGAGUGUAUCUAUUCAUGUUUCCAAAACGGGAAUGUUGUUGUUGCAUUCAUCGAAAUGAAGAAAGAAACCGAAGAAACGGGAGUCAUUUCAUGCUUUGACAAAAAGAAAGAGGAAAUAUGGAAGGUUUAUUCCCCAAAGACUUUUGUGAGAUAUAUCACAGAAAAUAUCAAUGGUGACAUUUGUAUGUCAAGAAGUGGAAAUAUAAAUGGUUCUGUCAUCGUCGUAGAUACUGACGGAGAUCAACGAUUUGUUUACAGCGGUCGUAAUGAUUCACCAGGUUUUAUGCCGCUUGGAAUAUGUACUGAUAGUCAAGGGUUGAUCCUAGUUAUCAAUGCCACAGAGCACAACAUACACGUGAUUGAUUCAAACGGAACGUUCUUGUCUGUUAUCGCUACUGAGGAGCGGGGAUCGCUGUAUACUUUUGGACUCUGUAUUGAUACUAAAGGUUAUCUAUGGACUUGUGGUGAAAGAGGGAUAGCCCGAUGGGAGUAUGGCGACAAAGUAAAAGGCAGAUGUACAAUCAACUAGAAGAAAGGAAAGGUUGCACUAUUACAUGUACCUGUGAGCUGGACAGAACCCUCAAAGCUUUCUACAUACGGUUUUUUGUUCAUUUACAUUGAAUUCUUAACAAGGAAUAACACACUGGAGAAAUCUUAUAUGAAUGGAAAGUGGAGAAUAUGUACAGCAAUAUUUUGAAAUUGAAAAGUUUCAAAUGACUUCCCCACUUUAGCUUUAGCUUGUGGUCCUUUUUUAUACCAUCCCUCUUUUCACAGAAAAAUUCAUUUAUCUAUUAUACUUUUUGGUAAAUAUUAAGCACUGGUGUAUCUCCAUUAAAAGUACAGUCCUUUUGCCCUGUAUAUUUGGAAGAUAAGGGUUGAAAACUAAGUUUUAAAUGAUCACCCUUAGCCUGGAAACUACAAUAUUACUACCUGAAUUGAUUCAGCUUUCAUGUAUUCACAGUUUGGGGCCUUGAUUUAAAUCCCAUAACAAUGUGCUAUUCAUACAACUUGAACUUGUUGAAGUCGUAUGGUUUGAAUUUCGACAUUUUCUCCUCCUAGUAAAACGCUGUUAAAUCAUCGCUCGUACAUAUUUAUAAGACUGUACAACAUGUCAUACAUUAUUUCACCUAUUUUAACCAGAAUUAUUUGAUUUUAAAUCGGUGUUUACAAACAACUGCCACUCGGCCAUUUCUAAAUUUAAUGCAAGAAUAAAGCGACAGCCACGUUUCCAGUUCAGGCUUUCAAAGGUACUUUUCUGUGUAAAGUUAUGCAUUUUGUUACAACAGUACUGUGUCAUCAGUUAAACAGAAAU